AAAGCCUUAUUUCAUCUUGCCAUCUUUAUUGGUCUUUGCAGCUGAUCGUAUUCACAGUAAACCUCUUAGCAUUCCUUGCUGACAACAUUUUCUUUCAGCCUGGACGAAUUCAAAUCUGCUGUGUAGACUUUCUACGUAACUGUACGGGGAACGUCUUGUCACUGGUCUUCUUUGCAUUUCCUAUUUUGCACCUAUCAUUGACUUGCUCUCUAAGGUCGGAUCCAGCCAACCAUUGCAACGAUGUCGGUUAACGUGAAGACUGUGUCCCAAGCCGAACCGACGACUUCUCCAAAGUCAGAACCGCCCAUCACGUCAUUUACACUAAAGGUUUCGGCCAAGGAUGCAGCGCGCUUUUUCGCCAUGUCCAAAGCUAUCAAUGAGCGACUACCAGAAGUAUCACCAGAUACAGGAGAUACUUGUGAAUUCAGUCUUCACGCACAACUCUACGAAGCCACGCAAAAGUGCCCUGACGAGCUGGUGAAAGGAUUUUUGGAUCGAAUGAUUGCUUUCCUCAUCCCUGUCAAGGAAAUAAAGGCUGGCUUGGUGCUUUUGCAUGAUGCUAACAUGAACGAUAAGCUUCUACAUGUUGCGGAAGCGCUGAGCCCAAGUGCUACCACUAGUGGUUUGGAUAAGGGACAGCUGACUUCAUUGUUUCGGUCGCUGUUGACGGCGAUCUCAUGCUGUAUUGACCAAUCGACCGAGGCAGUCGACUUGGAAGAUACGCUAAUGGAAGAUAAACCCCAAGGACUAGAACCGCCGCCGAAAAAGACCAAAUUAGACAUAAAAAUUGUCGAAGAGAGCGAUCAAGAGUUCCGACCAUGUCAGUCCCCUUCUUUUGACUGUUCGUUGGCAACGCUGCGAGACGAGGACGACACAGCUACCAAUACUGUUCGUCGAGAGAUUGACGAAAUAUCUAGUUUCGCUGCAGGAGAAGUUCUCUCAGACGGAGUGGAACGAGCGACUUUUGAUCUGUUGCGAUCGUGGUAUGAUGAAAAAGGGAAGUCGGUUGUUCCUUGGCUAGAACUAUUGGAUGCAACUAAGUGGAUGUCUACCGAACCUCCAAGCCCACCCUGCAGAAAGACGGCCGAAUGCGACCCCUCCAUGGAAACGCACCAAGCUCUAAGAGACGAUAUACUGCAAGUCGACGAGAAUGAAAGAAGUGUCUCUUCUGGCUCUAGAGAUAUCCGCUGCUCUGUUGAAGAAGAACUGCCUGUCCCACCUACAGCCGCGCAUUCUCCGAUUGAUUCACUGAGCGAUGGUGACGGCAGUCGAAUUCUCGUUUCGUUUGAUUUUAGCGGCACUGGCCAUACAACCCCACUUUGCAUCAAUGUGUCGGAAAACAAUAUCGUUGCUCUUCGUCAGUUGGUCCAUCGCACUGGUAUUGUGCACUGUCAAGCCGUGGAAAUGUGUCGUCGUUUGCUUCAUAUGGCUUCCCAGCGCCAAGAAGGUAAUGAAACUAUCCUGGCGCUUCACUGUCAUGAUUUUUCUCGAUCGAUUGAUCAGUUGUGGUCUCCAGAGGUGUUGAAGAAUAUUUCAAAAGAAGAGAGGGAAUCUUUUACCUUGUCGCUCACUUCAAUUUUGUCUUGCUACCAAGAGACAAAGCCAUCUCUUUCGUCUGAAGAAGUCGACCUUCAGGAAUUUGCCGUGGGCUUCUGCUUCUUUUGCGCGGGCAACAAGAGUGCAAAGCUUGCAACAGGCUUUGAGAUGUUGGAUGAUACAAGACAUGGAUAUUUGACCGAACAGCAGUUACUACGAUACUUGAGCUCCUACCUCAUGAUGCUUUCAGCGAUAUCGCUCUUACAUCCGCUUUCCAAAGGGCAUCAUUCAAACAAGCUGACCCCUCAGCGUCGAAAAGCGAUGCGCACUGCAGUUGACAACGGUGCAAAAUGGACAAUCGGUCACUUCUUGAAGCACAUGCAUGAUCGUGAAGGUGGAGAACACCCAAAUGCAUAUUCCUUCGAGUCAUUUGCACUGUGGUACAGUGUCGGAGGAUACAAUGUUGCACCCUGGCUAGAACUUCUUGACCUCAACAAACUUUUCGUAUUGAUCGCUCCGGACGUGGAAAGCUCCUUGCAUACCAAAUCUUCUGCAUCAAUGGCACACACAUCAGGGGGACGGCGUCCAGCUGGUCAGCGCGAUCGAAUGUCUACUCUACGCAGACACCACUCCCGACGGAAUCCAGGAACUCACCCGGAAGUGUUGUUCACCUUCCCUCUAGCCCGCAGCCGCUCGUUAGUCGUUUUGAAGGAAGAUGCGAGAUACGUUCGUGAUGUCGUCCAAGAACUCGGCCUCCUGUCUUUCAGCCCCGAUUUCGUGUGGUCCAGUUUGAGCAAAAUUGUGACACGACCUAGCACUCCCACAGAAGGCUAUGGCGUCGACAUGCAGACCUUUGUACAAUGCAUGAUCGAUGUUUGUAAUAAAUCAAGUCGCAAACGUUCUGCGUCAGGAGCUGAGUCUACUAUGGAAGAGCUUCUGUGUAAUUUUUAUCAAUGUUUCAAUUUGGAUCAAAAAAAGCUGGUCGCCGUAGACGAGCUUAUGGGUGGCCUUACUCUGCUUUGCGGGGGAAAGAAAAGCGUCAAACUUGCCUUCGCUUUUGGAAUUUUCGAUACACGCCCGGGAGUUCACGGCAAGAGUGCGGAAUCGGUUGUACACUCUUUGGAUGGUCACGAUCUCUUCGUGUUUCUACGCUCAAUCCUGAUAGUUGCAUUCUCAUGCUGUCGCCAAAGCUUAGAUAUGGAUGAUUCUGUUGUAGGGCAAUGUAUCUCUGAUACUGCCAACAUGCUUUGCAACGACGUCAUGACUCACCAGGGGAAGCAGCGCUUCUGUGACCGCCUCAACUUUGAUGAAUUUGGGCUAUGGUAUAACGAAGGAGGAUUUGAGCGAGCUCCAUGGUUGGAGCUAUUAGAUCUUAAGAAGUGGGUGCUUGCCGACAAUUUCGACGCCACCCUUGAGAAGCGUGUUGUCGAGUCACAAUUACAAGUGAUCCCUGUAAGCAUUGCGACAGAUUCUUCAAUUCCACCGCCUCCUCCCGAGGAUGCAUUAGACGGUAGCUUUUUCGAAGAGAACGGAAUUAUGGCAAUGGACAGUAUGGAUGAGAUGGAUAUGAUUUUGAUGCAGUCGUCUACAGAUCGCGAAAGUGACCAGCGUUCGCCGGCAUACGGACCUCUCCCUGAGUCUUCGUCUCACUCGCCAGGAUCAAAACUGUGCUCUCCCGAUCCAAGAGGGAAUCCACUCAAGUUUCAUCUUUUGACAAAUGAAGAGCAAGGAGGGUAUAAUGUUUCUCUCAGUCACAUCCGCAUCACACAUCUGAAAAGCGUGCUGGAGGACAACUGUUUGCACGGACUGGACUGUGAAAAUGUAUGCAACGCCAUUCUGAAUAAAGCGACGAAGAAGAAUAAAGCGAUAUCAAAAAAGGGUUUCGAUGCAGCAGUUGCAAGUGUCAUGGGAAGUCAGAGAGGAAGGCCUGAGACGCAACAAGUGUUGUCUAACCUUCUUUCGGGAAUUUUCGAUGCGUUUGAUCGAUUAGGAUCAGGCACUCCGAGCGCAGUAGAAAUUGCGUGUGGCUUUACUGUCCUUUGCCACGGCAAGAAAAGCGACAAACUCGAGUUUGCCUUUGAAGUCCUGGACACGAAGAAGAAGGGCAAACUGAGCCGCUCGGAUAUUUUGACUUACCUGCGCUCUUUCCUGACUGUUCUCAUGAGUAUUGCAUUUUCGCCAGCCCUCAAGAAGGAUAUUCGAGACGACAAGAUAUCCACCAUGAAAGGAUUUGGCUGUAAUCAAACAACCGCUGCCGUCAAACACGCCGUGAACGCUGGCGCUGAGUGGGCCGUAACUGCAGCAUUCGAUGGAAAAAGAGAAGGCGACAUGUCCGUUAUGAGCUUCAAUGAAUUCGCGGACUGGUACACUACCGUCGGCUACAGUAGUAUUCCAUGGCUUGAGCUGUUGGAUCUACAGAAGUGGGUUUUCACCAAUGAUGCUACCUAA